AUGGAGAUUCCAGGACACUCUCGCCAGCAAAAGAUUCUCAAAGUAAGAAAUGGUCUCAGCUCUCUGGAUCAACAUGAGCACUAUCCAAGGAGCUGUUCCCAAGAAGCCCCAUCUACAGUUGAAUCUGAUUUAGAUGAUGAGCUCUUGGACUUGGAAACUGAUGCUGUAACUGUUGGAAAAUUUGUGGGUCUCAUGAGAGGAUCUACCUUUGAUCCUACUUCCAGAGGUAUCCGGUCCUGCAAAUUUCUGAGCCCUUUGAGCACUGGAAGCCCGCAGAUGCGCAUUUUGAUGGCUGGAUUGUAUGCUGCUGGCAAGACGACCAUUCUGUAUAAACUGAUAGGAGAGAUAGUCACCACCAUUCCUAUCAUUGGUUUUACUGUGGAAACAGUAGAAUAUAAGAACAUUUGUUUCACAGUAUGUGAUGUUGGUGGUCAACAUAAAAUUAGGCCUCUCUGGAGGCAUUACUUCCAAAAUACCCAGGGUCUUAUUUUUGUGGUAGAUAGCAAUGAUUGUGAAAGAAUUCAGGAAGGAGCAGAAGACCUGCAGAAAAUGCUUCAGGAAGAUGAGCUGCGAGAUGCCAUGUUUCUGCUUUUUGCAAACAAACAGGAUUUGCCGAAUGCUAUGGCCAUUAGUGAAAUGACAGAUACAUUAGGUCCUCAGUCUCUUCAUAACAGAACAUGGUAUGUUCAAGCCACUUGUGCUACACAAGGAACCGGUCUGUAUGAGGGACUUGACUGGCUGUCAAAUGAGCUUUCAAAACGUUAA